CCCCGUUUGAAUCUCCAGAAAACAGCAGAAAUCUGAGCAGAAAAAAGUGAGGGGGAGAGAGAGAUCCACAUUCAGAAAAAUGGACAAGCCUAGAAUUGAUGAUUCCCUUGGAGUUCAAGCUGCAUGCCUGGUUUUCUUGGCACUUUCUGCAGGAACUUAUGGAGAGACAGAAACAGAGGCCCUUCUCCGGUGGAAAGAGAGUCUUCCAGAUCAGGCAAUUCUCGAGUCAUGGGUCUCUCCAGCACAGAACUCAAGUGCAGCUCAAAGCCCAUGUUCAUGGCGUGGAAUUAAAUGUGAUAAUUCUUCAGUAAAUGUGAUUGAAAUAAACUUGGCUUACACUGGCCUUGAAGGUACCCUACAAAACUUGAACUUCUCUGCAUUUCCAAAUCUUCUUCGUCUUGAUCUCAAAACAAACAACCUUGUCGGAAGCAUACCAGAAAACAUUGGGGUGCUCUCUAAACUGCAAUAUCUUGACCUUUCCACGAAUUACCUCAAUGGCACUCUACCUAUUUCAAUGGCUAAUUUGACUCAAGUUCACGAGCUUGAUGUUUCACGAAACAAUAUCACUGGGACAUUAGACCCUCGUCUUUUUCCUGAUGGUUCUGAUCAGCCCAAGACUGGACUGAUAGGGAUCAGAAAUCUUCUCUUCCAGGACACCCUGCUUGGUGGUAGAAUUCCAGAUGAAAUAGGGAAUAUAAGAAAUUUAACUGUGCUAGCCUUAGAUGGGAAUAGCUUCCAUGGACCUAUUCCUCCAUCUCUUGGGAACUGUACACAUUUAAGUGUUCUUAGAAUGUCUGGAAACCAACUCUCAGGCAUGAUUCCUCCUAGUUUUGGUAGAUUGACUAAUCUAUCUGAGGUGUUCUUACACAUAAAUAAUUUAGAUGGUCCUUUACCACAAGAAUUUGGAAACAUCUCAUCUUUAACUGUCCUGCAUCUUGCUGAAAACAACUUCACGGGAGAGCUACCACCGCAAGUGUGCAAAGGUGGUAAACUUGUCAAUUUCAGUGCUGCCUACAAUAGUUUCAGUGGCCCGAUCCCAAUAAGCCUAAGAAAUUGCUCGUCCUUAUACAGGGCUCGGAUGGAAUAUAACCAUCUAAGGGGUUAUGCAGAUCAAGAUUUUGGAGUGUAUCCUAAUCUUACUUACAUGGAUUUCAGCUACAAUAACGUGCAAGGUGAGCUCUCUUCAAAUUGGGGAAGCUGCAAAAAUUUGCAAUAUCUUGGUGUGUCUGGAAAUUCAAUAGGUGGCACGAUACCUGGUGAGAUUUUUCAGUUGAACCAACUUGCAGAGCUAGAUCUGUCUUCCAAUCAAAUAUCAGGAGAGAUUCCUCCACAAAUAGGGAAUUCCUCUAGUCUUUUCACUCUCUCUUUGAGUAACAACAAACUUUCAGGAUUGAUACCAGCAAGCAUUGGAAAGUUGUCUAAUUUGCAAAUGCUAGACCUGUCAGAUAACAUGCUAAAAGGAUCAAUCCCUUCUGAGAUAGGUGAUUGCUCAAACUUGCUGAGUUUAAAUUUGAGCAACAAUGCCUUGAAUGGAACAAUCCCCUACCAAAUUGGAAAUCUGGCAGCCUUACAAGAUCUGUUGGACUUCAGUUACAAUUCACUUUCUGGCCAAAUUCCAUCUGAUCUUGGCAAGCUAAAAAAUUUGAUAAGCUUGAAUAUCUCUCACAACAAUCUAACUGGUUCUAUCCCUAACUCCCUCGGCGAAAUGUUGAGUUUGUCAAGCAUCAACCUGUCCUACAACACUUUGGAAGGUCAUGUACCUAAUAGCAGCAUAUUUAAUUCUUCCUAUCCAGUGGAUUUACGUAACAACAAAGGGUUAUGUGGGAAUAUACAAGGCCUGCAACCUUGCAAUGUCUCAGUCAGAGAACCUGGAGGCGGAAGCAACAAAAAGAAAGUCAUAGCAGCAAUUGUUGGCUCUGUGGGAGGUGCACUACUUGUUUCAUCAGUGUUAGUUUGCAUUUUUGUUUUCGUCUGUAAGACCAGAGCUAUGAAACAGAACUCUGCACCUGAGAGAAAAAGUCCAUUUUCAAUAUGGUAUUUCAAUGGUAGAAUUGCUUAUGAAGACAUAAUUGAAGCCACUAAGAAUUUUGAUGACACUUACUGCAUUGGUGAGGGAACAUUAGGAAAAGUUUACAGAGUGGGGAUGCCAGGAGGUCAGGUAGUUGCUAUAAAAAAGUUAAAAUGCGAGGUAGACAGUUUAGACAUUGAAAGUAUAAAAUCCUUCAAAAGUGAGAUAGAAGCCAUGACUGAAACACGUCACCGGAACAUUGUGAAGUUGUACGGGUUUUGCUCAGACCCCUUGCACACAUUUUUGAUUUAUGAAUACAUGGAAAGAGGGAGCUUAAGUGAUAUGCUGAGAGAUGACAAAAAGGCUACUGAGUUAGAAUGGCCAAAGAGAGUGGGAAUUGUGAAAGGAGUUGCGCAAGCUUUGUCUUAUAUGCAUCAUGAUUGUAACCCACCAAUAAUCCACAGAGACAUAUCAACCAAAAAUGUAUUAUUGUCCCAAAAUCUGGAAGCUCAUGUCUCGGACUUUGGCACUGCAAGAUUCCUGAAGCCAGAUUCACCUAUUUGGACUUCCUUUGCCGGCACAUAUGGCAAUGCUGCUCCAGAGCUUGCAUACACAAUGGCAGUGACUGAAAAAUGUGAUGUGUUUAGCUUUGGUGUUUUGGCCUUUGAGAUUCUCAUGGGAAAACAUCCUGGAGAUCUAAUUUCCCACAUACAAACAUCAAGUGCCCAGAACACCAACUUCAAAGAGAUUUUAGACCCACGUCUGUCACCUCCUACAAAUCAACAAAAAUUAAAGGAAUUGGCCUUGAUAGGUAAUCUGGCUAUGUCUUGUCUACAAACCAACCCUCAAUCUCGACCAACUAUGCGAAGCAUAACUCACAUGCUUGACAUGUAGAGAGCUCAUGAUUCAUGAUUGAAGUAUACUUGCUUGUUUUCUCAAUGAGUUUGACUAGACAAGUGGUUGGACUUUUUCUUUCAUUUUUCUUUAUUUCUUUUUUUUUUCUUUCUUUUUUUUUUUGGAGGGGGGUUUAUACGGCGCUGUGGAUUGAUUUUGCUGAACAGUGUGAUUGGGUUCGUAACAGAACAGUUGGAGUGUUUUCUCCGAGCAUGGAUUACGAUUCCAGCAGCAUAAACAUAGCAAACAUAAACAGAAAA